CUGAAGUAAACUUAAGAAGGCUUGCUGAUAGGUCUGACGGAGGUGUUCCGAAAUAAACUGGCGGUACUAGUUUCCUCAUCUUGAACAAAAGAUUUCAAAUCGUAAGUCGCAAAAGCGGACAGAAGGGAGCGUGAUUUCGGGCUCAACAAACGGCAGGUUUCCGUUGGGGGAAGACACCUAACCUAACAUUACUGUACCCGACUAGGAAGGAAGGAGGAAACGCGGUGCCGGGACCAUCGCUAAAAUGGCCAACUCGUUAGCGAACGUGACCGUGUCGAGCAUCUUGAAGAACAAAAGUUCUUUCGAGGACGAGCCGCGGAAGAAGAGCCGGGAGGAUUGGCGCAAAGCAAAGGAACUCGAGGAGGCGAGGAAGGCUGGCACGGCUCCGGCUGCUGUCGAUGAAGAGGGAAAGGAUAUUAACCCGCACAUACCUCAAUACAUCAGCGCGACGCCAUGGUACUUCGGCGCCCAGGGACCCACCUUGAAGCAUCAGCGUCCGCAGUCCGAGAAGCAGAAGCAGUACAGCUCCAUAAACUCGUGGUACAACCGUGGAGUGGAUAAUUCGAAAGCGGUGGGCAAGUAUCGCAAGAAUGCCUGCGAGAACUGCGGCGCGAUAACGCACAAGAGGAAGGAGUGCAUGGAAAGGCCGCGCAGAGUCGGCGCCAAGUACACAAAUUCCAAGAUAGCCCCCGACGAGUUCACCCAGCCUGAGCUGUCUAUGGAUUACGACGGCAAGAGAGACAGAUGGGCUGGAUACGAUCCGUCCGAGCAUCGAGCCAUAGUGGAGGAAUACCAGAAGGUCGAGGAGGCGAAGAGGCAGAUGCGGGCGGAGAAGCUGAAUGCUGAGGAGAACGAUGAGCAGGACUCGGAUAAGGACGAGGACAAGUACGUGGACGAGGUGGAUAUGCCGGGCACCAAGGUGGACUCGAAGCAGCGUAUCACGGUGAGAAAUCUCCGCAUACGAGAGGACACCGCGAAGUAUCUGCGCAAUCUCGACCCGAAUUCGGCGUAUUACGAUCCCAAGACCAGGUCGAUGCGGGAUAAUCCCUAUGUCGGCACCGAGCGCGAGGUCGAUUACAAGGGUGAGAAUUUCGUGCGUUUCUCCGGCGACACGCAGCAACACGCGAACGCGCAGCUGUUCGCCUGGGAGGCGCACGAGAAAGGGGUCGACGUGCAUUUGCUCGCCGAGCCGACGAAGCUGGAGCUGUUGAAGCAGGAAUACGACAAGAAGCGGGACGAGUUGAAGGACAAGGCGCGGGACAGUAUAAUCGAGUGGUACGGCGGGGAGGAGCACCUCGAGGCGCCGCCGAAGACGUUGCUGUUGGCACAGACCGAGCAUUAUGUCGAGUAUUCGAGGUACGGUAAGGUAGUCAAGGGUCAGGACAGGCAGGUGAUACGAUCCAAGUACGAGGAGGACGUCUACCCGAACAACCACACGUCGGUGUGGGGCUCUUACUGGCAGGACGGCAAAUGGGGUUAUCAAUGCUGUUAUUCCUUCAUCAAAAAUUCCUACUGCACCGGGGAGUCCGGGAAGAAAUCGGCCGAGGCUGCGAUCAGUAAUGCGCAAGAUAAAGUAUCAAUUGCGAGCGUCGAAACAGAGGAGCUGGAGAGCAACGAGUCCCGACGACUGUCGGAUACCGCAGGCAAGGACCGUUCUUCGAGCAGUGAGUCCUCGUCCGACGACGACGACGACGAAGAUACGAAGAACAAGAUUGAGAGGCAGAGCAAGGCGGCUAAACGGAGAUUGAAGAAACAAAAGAGGAAGGAGAGUCGUAAGAACAGAAGGAAGAUUGAGAAACAGGAGGAUAAGCUGAAGGAGGCGUUGAGAAUGGAGGAGGAAUAUGCGAAGGAGGCGGACAAAUUGUUGAGGAUGGACGAGAGGAAACGUCCGUAUAACAGCAUAUACGAGGCGAAGGAGCCGACGAACGAAGAGAUAGAAGCGUAUCAGAUGAAGCGGAAACGCGAUGAGGAUCCGAUGGCUAAUUUUCUGUAAAAGUUAUCACCACCGUAUUGUUCGCAACGUUGUGAAUUAACGUUGCAUAUAUUUGUACAGUGAAUUAAUCAAGCGUAACAUUAAGCGAUCGGGUGUGUUUAAGAGAGAAAUAAUAAAUAAUGCACUGAAUAUUAACGUUAGGUUAUCAUAAUCUUAAUAUUUAAAUGAAAUGUAAGUAAAGAGAAAUAUAAAUAUUAGUCUUGAGUUAAACUUGAAACUUUGUGAUUGGUGUAUAUAUCUUUAACCAAGAUGAAUCGACUUAGUGUUCAUGAAAGAUUAAAGCAGCUAAUUUCAAUUUUGACACGCUCUCUAUUUUAUUGGUUGUUAUAAGUGAUUCUCAGCGUUGCUACUUGAUCUCCUUCACUUCUAGUAAUCAAAUCUAAUUCUCAAAGAUCCCCGACUAAGACUUUUCUAAUUGCCUAUUCUGAGUUAUUCAAACAUAAAGCAAUAUUCUGAUUGGUUCCCUCUUAAUUUCAACUUUCGUCUACAUCUACGGCAAUUUGUGCAGUACGACGGUCCUCGACAUGACAGUUUUUUGAUCCAAGUAUAGUUCUGCGUUCGAGAAAAGAUGUCAAUUUAAAAGAGCAGAAGAGAAGAAACUAAUCUAUUGGUGUAUUCAGUCAU